AUGGAGGCACGGAAUUUCUAUUUUACCGUCCAUUCUGCUAGCGACCUCAAAGAUGUUCGUCUAUUGGGAGAAAUGAAAGUUUACGCGAAGGUUACAAUAGCAGGAAAGAGCAAGUACACGAAAGUGGAUCUUGUGAACAAGACGAAUCCUGUGUGGAAUGCCACAUUUCGCUUCUUCGUGCCCGAGAUACACAUCGAUAAUAUUCGUGUCAAGAUUGAGUUCUUUUGUCAGAGGAGUUUCUCAGAUGAUAAGUACGUUGGUCAUUUAAACCUCAGUAUAAAACCGCUUGGUAAUAAAGGUGCUAAAUAUAGUUUUACAGUGGAUAGGAACGAUAAUUCAUCUGGGAAUUUUGGAACUGCAAAUUUUUCACAUAUAUUGGGAGAUAAAGUAAUCGUUGAACAAGACACCUCGCCGCCGCCAUCAUCAUCAUCAUCAUUAGAAGAUUAUAUUCUCAUGUUGGAGAUGAUCAAAACUGGAGUGGAAAUAGUGUCUGAAGUGGUCAAGUUCUAG